CUGAUUUAAUUACAAAAAUUAAACAUUACUAAAUAUAGUUCAAUAAAUGAAAACCGUCACAGUUCGUGGUGUAUUGUGGGAAUUGUAGUUAGAUAAGGAAAUCAAAUCAGACAGUUUUUAAUUUUUUAUUAUAAUCAGGAAUACAAUUUUGAAAAUUCUUGACAUGAAAUGUAUGGGCACAACUAAUCCUGGGCUCUAAUGUGCAGUAUUUGUUCGGUAUGUGUUCAGCGGUGUCAGUGAACUAGGUGGUUAAAUCUGGACUACAUUCCCCAGUAUACCUUGAAUUGAUUGUGAGGCGAUCUUAUCGCCCUCUCAACUUGUCCUGUCGCAGUGAUCCAGCAUGGCUCUGUUCGGAGAUUUGAACAUUGUCAAUACAACAGAUAAGAGAAAGCUUAAGAAUGUUAUCGAAACAGCUGCUCAUCUUGGAUAUUCAACAGUUGCUAUUAACCAUGUAGUUAACCUCCAAGAAAAGAAACAGGAAAUUGGCAAACCUACUUGUGUGGCAGAACUUUUCACCUCUCCUCCCACUGUACAGGGGAAAUCAAAGCCAAUUAAAAUAAUCACCAGACUGACUGUGGUGGUUUCUGAAGCAUCACAUUGCAAUGAAUUAAGAACAACGUCCCCUCGUACCAGGUUAUAUGACCUUGUGGCUGUGCAUCCCAAAACAGAGAAGCUAUUUCAUACCGCUUGUAUGACAUUAGAUGUGGACAUAAUUGAAAUUAUUAUGACAGAAAAGCAACAGUUUCAUUUCAGACGACCCCCGGUGAAUGUGGCAAUUGACAGAGGAAUUGUCUUUGAACUUGUUUAUAGUCCUGCCAUUAAAGAUUCUACAAUGAGAAGAUAUACUAUUUCAAAUUCACUCAGUCUGAUGAAUAUAGGUAAAGGGAAGAAUAUUAUUAUAUCAAGUGGAGCAGAAAAGCCUUUAGAAUUAAGAGGACCUUAUGACAUCGCUAACCUAGGGUUACUGUUUGGCUUGUCGGAAGGGGAUGCCAAAGCAGCAAUCUCAACCAACUGCAGAAAAGCUCUUCUGCAUGGAGAAACGAGGAAGACUGCACAGGGUGUGGUGCACACCAUGAAGAAAACUGAAGUCCCUGAAGAUAAGGAGGAGGCCCCAGCCUCAAAAAGGGCAAGAACUGAAGAUCCUUAAGUAAAAAUUGAUGUCCCAUCAAAGUUUGGGUUGUGUUUGAAAAAUUGGCUUUCUAAGCAUAUUGAUUUUUUUAUUAUUAUUAUUUUCAUAUUACUGUUAUAAAAUCUUACUUGUUUUUAUAUCUCCCAGUCUC